AUGGCAUCUGUGGAGAAUGGUAACAGGAUAUCAAGAAGGUCUAUUUCGAAAAAUCCACCGGCUGGUACGGAACAAUCCACAAAAGAUCCAUUCCAAACGUUGAAAUCAAUAUUGGGCUCAAAUGAAUAUGAAUUGGAAGUUGAUCAAGAUAAAGGAUGGGAACAAUUGGAUCAAUUGAAUGAAUAUGAUGGUACUUCAUUGGAAGAAAUACGGUUUUUAUCAACAACUAAUAACUUAGAGACCGAUCAUUCAGAAGAAUUGGAUAGAAUCUUACAAUUUAAAUCCACUGUGGAAUUAUUUAAUAAAAUUAUAACACCAUUAAGUGAUUAUCUUAUAGAUUUUAAUAAAAAAUUAAUGGAAUUAUCAAAAGAAUUAGAAAGUUUAAAAUCAAAAUCUGUUAAUUUAUCGAAAAAUUUAUCAACUCGUCAAAUUUUAGAAAAUAAAUAUACUCCAAUAGUUUCAGAUUUAAUUAUUCCACCUGAUGUUAUAAGAUCAAUAUAUAAUGGUGAAAUUAAUCAAUCUUGGUGUGAAAAUUUACAAUUUUUACAAGAAAAGACUGAAAUUUAUAAUAAAUAUAAAGAACAAUGUCCAAAUUUAAAAUCUUUGGAAUCAUUAACAAAGACACUUGAUUUAUUAUAUAUUAAGGCAAUUGAACGUAUCAAAAAUUUCAUGGUUUCUCAAAUAAAAUCUUUGAGAACUAUUGGAACACCAUCACAAGUUAUUCAAGAUCAAUUAAUCCGUUGUCGUGAUAUUUAUCCUUUUUUACAAAACAGACAACCUUCAUUAGCAUUAGAAAUUAGACAAGCAUAUGUUUAUACAAUGAAAUGGUAUUAUCAUACACAUUUCCAAAGAUAUUUACAAUCAUUACAUAGAUUAACACCUGUAAUUGUGGAUAAAGAUUCAUUAAUUGGGGGAACUCAAUCAUUAUUUAAGAAAAGUUCAAUUAUUGAUUAUUCAUUAGGGAAAAGAGCUGAUAUUAUAAAAGCUGAAGAUCCAACUGUUAUGCCUGCACAAAUUGCUGAAUUCAAUCAACUGAAAUUUCAUAUGGAGACUGGGUUUAGAUCUUUUAAUUUGGCAAUUAUUGAUAAUGGUAGUGUUGAAUAUUUAUUUUUAAUGGAAUUUUUCCAAAUGAGUGGUGAUGUUAAUGGAAUUUUUGAACAAAUUUUCUCUACAACUUUCCAACUUGGUGUUAAUUAUACCAAGGAACUUGUAACAUCAACAUAUGAUAUAUUUGGUGUCUUAAUAUUGAUUAGAUUAACUCAAGGUUUAAUUUUUGAAUUACAAAGAAGACGUAUCCCUGUGAUUGAAGAUUAUUUAAAUUUACAAUUAAUUACACUAUGGCCAAAAUUUCAAAACUUAGUGGAUUUAAAUUGUGAAAAUAUGAAAAGAUCAAGUUCCAAAAGUUCAAGUAUCACUGGAAUAAAAUCAAAUGUUUCUCAUCCAUUAACUUUACAAUUUACAAAUUUAUUAACUGGUUUCUUAAAAUUGACUCCACCUGAACAACAAUCUACUCAAGAACCAUUAUAUCAAAGUGUUCAAAGAAUAAGGAAUGAUUAUGAAUCUACAUUAACUAAAAUGUCCAAAAACCUAAAACAAAAUGAAUUAUUCUUGUAUAAUAAUUAUUCUUAUGUUUGGGGUAUAUUAAGUGAAUGUGAAGGUUCUUUAGCUACAAGUGAAACUGAACAUUUCAAACUCUUGGUGGAAGCUUAUAAACCAAAAUAA